GAGGGAGGUGGGCAGGGGAGCGCGAGCGCGAGCAGGCAGCCGCUGUGGCAAAGCAGCAGAGCAGCCCCGGCGCAGCCUCUCCGCCGACCUUCCGCGCGCGAGCCAGGCAGCCAGCCGUGUGGGGGUGGGAGCGCGCGCCAAUGCCGGGACCUACCCAAACGCUGUCCCCAAAUGGCGAGAACAACAACGACAUCCUGCAGGAUAACGGCACCAUCAUCCCCUUCAGGAAGCACACGGUGCGCGGGGAGCGUUCCUACAGUUGGGGAAUGGCGGUCAACGUGUAUUCUACCUCUAUAACCCAAGAGACUAUGAGCAGACAUGACAUCAUUGCAUGGGUUAAUGACAUAGUAGCUUUAAACUACACAAAAGUCGAACAACUUUGUUCAGGAGCAGCUUACUGCCAGUUCAUGGACAUGUUGUUCCCAGGGUGCAUUAGCUUGAAGAAAGUAAAAUUUCAGGCAAAGCUGGAGCACGAGUACAUUCACAAUUUCAAACUUCUGCAAGCAUCAUUUAAAAGAAUGAAUGUGGAUAAGGUGAUUCCAGUGGAGAAAUUGGUGAGAGGGCGCUUCCAAGACAACUUAGAUUUUAUCCAAUGGUUUAAGAAGUUCUUUGAUGCCAACUAUGAUGGUAAAGAGUAUGAUCCUGUCGUGGCUCGACAAGGCCAAGAUGCUCUUCCCCCACCAGAUCCCGGUGAACAGAUCUUUAACUUACCAAAAAAGUCCCAUCAUGCAAACUCCCCCACUGCAGGUGCUGCUAAAUCCAGUCCAGUUUCUAAACCAGGGUCCACACCUUCUCGUCCAUCGUCAGCAAAAAAAGCCACACCAAGCAGCUCAGCAUCCAAAUCAGAUAAAGAUUUGGAAACACAAGUCAUACAACUCAGUGAACAGGUACAUUCAUUAAAACUUGCACUCGAAGGCGUGGAGAAGGAAAGGGAUUUCUACUUUGGAAAAUUAAGGGAGAUUGAACUUCUCUGCCAAGAACAUGGGCAAGAAAAUAAUGACCUUGUCCAAAGGCUAAUGGAAGUCCUUUAUGCUUCAGAAGAACACGAGAGCCACACAGAUGAGCAUGAAGGCGAGGAGCAGGUUCAUGAACAGCCCCAGCAGCAGGAAGAAUACUGACCUGUCCAACAUCUUUGACAGUUUUCAUUCUGUAUGGGAACUUUCUUCUGGAGAAAGGAAUAUGUGUGGCCUCAAACUCAAAACCAGUCACUCCCAGUCUGCCAUUAACAUUUAUGUACCGUAGUGAGUGCAAGCAAACCACUGCAUUCUGUACCCAUAUUUUGCCAAGAUGCAUUUGCAGAAGUCUUCUUUCAGUGUGUCUACCUGAGAGGUUGUAGGGCUACAUCACCUACUGUACAUCACUGCAACUUCACCACUUGGCUGCUUGAGAUUUGUUCCACUUUUUAAAAAAUAUAUAUAUUUAUUUUUUCUUUUUGUCUUAAGUAUGAUACAUUUGUAAUUUGUUCUAAAAUGUUUAUAUUGGCAUCUCUUGUGGCAAGAAGUACUGUACCACUAGAUGUGUUUGUCACUUGGUGGUGCUUUGGUAUUUUCAAGUACAUCUGCCUCGGGGCAUAAAUUUGGUCAAACAGUUGGAACAAAGGGAUACUUUAGAAGUGAUACUCAAGCUAUAAUGAUGAGGUAUGUGUUGUGGAGGGAAAAGGCUUAUGUGACUCAUAUCGUUCCUAUCCUGUAUUCACAAAAGAGACGGCAAAGCAACAGUUUCCCUAAUAAAGAUUUAAACCCCCCUGAGUGUUUUACACCAAAGCAUGUUAGAAAGCUGCACGAUAUGUUUUUAUUUCUGGAAGAUACGUGUCUACUUAGCUGUUUGAAAGUCCUCUCAACUUCCUGACUUUUCAACAGGACGUUUCCCUGCUUCUUUCUUUUGAAGGACAUGUAUUUAUUAGAAAUUCUGUCACUGCCUCCAGCUCAGUGCUGAUUCGGGAGACAACAGUCUCCUCUCUCCUGCAGCUGCAUCUGCAGAAUGCCAUCUCUGACCUUAUAUUCUGCCUGCCACCCCUACAAAUGAGGAUCAAGUGGGUCAGCCAUUCCUCUUUCCUACUCUUGCUGCCUCUCCCCUUGGCCACACACAUAUGGAAGAUGAAGACUUCCUUACUGGGGCUAGGCAUAUCCAAGGUUGAUGUGCUGCAAACCAGCUGCAGAACCAGUCCUGAAACUCUUAAGAGAUUCUCCUUUUAAACAUGAAAUGAUUUGACUACUGAUUGAAGGCAUAUUUUCCCCAUUGGUGCUUAGGCCACUCUCUGCAUGCUUAGUGAACCAGCCAGAAGUCCUGUUAGAGGUAAAGAACACAUUAGCAGGGGAUCACCUGCAAGGGACAAAAACAGUUCUGCAGGCUGACUGACCUCACUGCUGGAUAGGUUGGCCCAGUGCAGAAACAGAAUUUAGAGACUUCUGUGCCAAGGGUGUUUCCUCUUAAUUAGGGUACUUGUUAUCCUGUUCUAAAUUAUGGCAUUUUGUAGGCAGAAAUAUAGCAUAAAAUACAUUUAAAAGCAUUCCUUAUUUUUAAAAAAUCUUAAAAUAGCACAUUUUUGGUCUAUUUCUGAAUCAGUAUUGCCUUUCUUUUACACUUGGUGUUCCUGGCUUCCAUCGCUUGAUUUCUUAAUUCUAGAUUUAUUACUUCGGUUAUUUGAUUUGGCAGGCACAAGGAGAAGUCGCAUCCCAGGCUACUAUCAUUGAAAAGCUCAAUAAAACCUUCUGAAUGCUGUAUCUUUUUUAAAAUCUUUAUGGAGUUGCUUUACUGAUUAAGCUCCGGUACUAAAUUUAUACUGAAGCAGAAGGUUUUUUUAAUUCAAAAAAAAUCUUCAGUUCUCAAAUCUUUUGCAGCAACGUUAAUCUAAUUUAGUUAAAUGUGAGCAAUCACUCCUACUGAGUUUCAUACCACAGCCAGUACAUAAAAUACCUUUAAACAUUAGAACAGGUGUUUCCAUUUCCUCAAUUGCUCCCUCGGCUCAGCAGCAUAGUAUCCAGUCCCUGUGGGUUGAAAGAGUUUUCUGGCCCUGACCCCAGCAUUGACCUCACUUCCUACCCAAUAAUAGGUAGUGAAAGUGCUGUACCCUGCAAUGUAGUACUUUCAUUGCUAUUUUUAGUUUAAUUGAUUUGCUUGGUUUCAAUUAAAAUCCUAUAUGUAAAGCAAAUUAAAAAGUGAGGAGUUUUUUAUAAGGAUAUAAUGUCAGCAUUUAGGGCACAGUUCUUAAUUUUGUCUCAGAAAUUUCCAUUAGCAUCUGGGGAAGUUCUGGUGGCGCAAGAAAUUCAGGAUCAGACCCUACCCUGCUACUGGCAUCAGCACCAGAUUGUGAUCACUGAUACAAUUCCAUCAUGUUCCCAUUUAUAGGCAAGCAGACAUUGAAGAGGUCUUCCUUAAAGUGUUUUUCCAAGGCUGCAAAAUGGUUAGAUUUUUCUGCUUGCGAGGUGGUUCUCGACAAGGCUACUCUACCCUACCCUUUUCAGCUAUAAGUAUAAAAAAAGCCAACCUGUCCUUUCCUCCCUUUCUUCCUACUCUGCCUUGUAAUUGGUCUGAGGAGUAUAACCCUUUCACUACUUUGUAUCAGGCAGGAAGUGAUUGAUGUAGGGCACAGGAAUGGUAGUUACCUUCCCAAGCCUGAGAGCCUCAAAUGUGGUGAGGAGUGAUACUCUGGAAGGGGAUAGAGUUGUCCUCCUGCCCGGGUGAGUAACACCAUUAUUCCAUUAUGGUUUUAAUAUGCAUUUGUAAUUACUUUUACUAAAUAGCACACCAUAAAGCUUUGGUUAUAUAUUAAAUGUAAACUGAAAGGAAUGUAAACAUAUGUAUUGUUAAUUAUAAAUAGAUAAGUAAUGACAUCAUAGAUGCAAAAAGUCUUAUUCAGAUGUAUCACUCAUUUUACAUUACCCACAAAUUGUCGCAUGGUAGAGUAGAUUUUUUUUUUUUUUUUUGGUCUCUGAAUAUGUGAAUAACUUGACUUGCGUUUAUCUUUUUACAUAUUUAAUAAAAAAAAAAGUAUAUGUUAAAAUCUGUGUAGCUCUAGAGACUAUUCAAAACAGUUUAAAGUGGUAGUUUUCUAUUUAUAUAUUAAACUGUUUCAUUAUUAAUUGCAAAUGCGAGCAAGGGAAAAAAAGCCAAAUGCUUUAAAAGGAAAUGUGGUUCAUAAUGUAUGUAGAAAUCUCUUUUCAGGAGCCCAACAACUGUAUCACCCUUCCACAAAUCUCAGGAUGAGAUGAAUGAAAAUAUAAAAAAAAUAAAAUAAGAUGCAGAUUAUUCUUUUGGCAAACUUUUUCCAGUUUCAGAGUACUAAAUCUCUUGCAGCUGUAGUUUAGUUUGGAUGUAGGUACAGCAAAAGUAAACUAAGAGGUGAAGAGGGAAUAUUAUAGUGAAAUUCAGGGAAAUUCCAAAUGGACCUUUGCCACAGAGGUCUAACGGUAGGGAUGCCAUCUUAAGUGCAAUCUCUAAAAGAUUUAAAUUGGGAUCAGAAAUACUUGCUCUGUGUGACGAAAUAGCUGAAAGAAUGCAUUAAAGCCAACUCCAUGGAUCUGACUCAGUGUAGUGUGGGAAAGUGUGUUAGGUAUUUGCUGCUAAGCCUUAGGGAACACUACUGGGGGGCAGGGAAUGCUUCCCUUCCUAGAGGAAGGAAGGAUCUAAUCUAAAUUGCUCUUGAUCUCCACCUAGAGGUUUGCUUUAAUGUUUCAUCACAGCUUCAGAGAAGGCUGCUUUGUCCAUCCAUUCAGCAUGAGGUCAAUUCAGCUUCUUUAGCAUGUACUAUAACAGUUCUUAAAUUACUAAAGUUUGGUGGGGAAGAAGAACAGAAGGCCAUGGAGGGGUAGGCAGAAAUCUCAUUCAGACCAACCAGAUUUAAGUUCUUUGUCACAGUGAGAAGAUUAUUACGAUAGAUGCCCUUCAUCAGAAUAGGUAAGCAAAUCUAUGUUCCAAUGUCUAACAUGCCCCAUCAUAAAGAGUAUAAAUUUCACUUAUUAAAUAACUUUCAUUUGAAAAUGAUGGUGAAACUAACCAUCUGUUGCACAGAUGUACCAAGUAAAAGGAGGCACGGUUUCCAGUUUAUCUUCUCCAUAGUCCUUAGCAGACCUUGUGAAAAGUCAGUCAGUGCUCAUACUGCCCUGCUGUGAACAAACCACUCUAUUCCAUUUUGUUGAAUCAAAGUUGACUUAUUUUCCAAGACAUUCUCUAACAGUGUAACAUACACUGUACAGUACAUAAUCUGCAUCUAUACUUCAGUUUGCUCUAAUGUAGCUUGACAGUUAAUUUUAAAAAAAUGGAUAAAAAUUGCAUAUGUGAUAUAGCUUCCACAUUAAAUAGUACAAGGAAUUCAUUUACAUUAAAACUCUGUGCUAUGCAUUUUAAAAAAUCAAUAUAGUAGAGACAUGGACAGGAUGGUGGCGUUUCAAGUUUUGUCUUUUAAGUUAGUGAACUAUUUUAAGGUACUACAAUACAGUGCACCAAAUUAAGACACUUUUAUGUACAUGUACACUUCCAACAGUUUACAAAUAAAUUGUGCGGGGAGCAACAAUACAAAGAUAAUGAUCCUGAUAUAACUACUGAGGUGUAUAUUUCUAUUACACAUACUUUUCAUACACUGUACUUAAAAAAUUAUGAUUUGCUUGUAUUCACCCAAAUAUUUUCCCGAUAUUUUUUGAUGAAUGGAUUUAAAAAAAAAAAACUUCGAAAAUCUACAGGUGUCAAAGUAGGUGAGAAAAUUCUGUUCCAAUAUAUAAAGUAUUUGAAUUAAUAUUUAAUUCCAUCAAAGAAUGAGACUUCAGAAUCUUUGUCUGAAACUUCAGUUUCUUAGCUACAUGCACUCGGGGCUUCCCCUCUAGCAUCUCAUUAAAUACACAAUCCUUUAGACCUGGUAGGUGCAGCAAGUAUUCCUUCAUGCAGCACUGGAAUCCUGCUCUGGAGACCCCAAAAAGGCUGGGGCAACCCAACCCUCACCUUCACCUCCAUAGAUGGAAGGGGACUCGUCAUUCAAGGAGGGAUAGUAGAACUUUCCCUAAGUAGCUGACUUAACCAUUGGCUUGAAUUGAUGUGAUGCAAGCACAAUUGACGCACACCUGAAUACCUUGGACGAGUCAGAAAGCCUCUUUGGCUAGGACAGCAUGUGAGAGGAAGAGAGCCCAAUCACAAAGGACGUAAACUUAAAUAAAGUAAGCAUUUUUCAGUGAAGGACGAACACUUGUAUUUUUAAAUAUCGCUGUAGCCCUCCUCCCACUCCACCCCCAAAUUCUUAUUUCCUGUGUAACCUGAGUAAUGUACUUUAAAUAGCAACAGGAAUUUGCAACCCUGCUAUAUGCACCAGAAGAUUUAUUGGCCUAGAUAGUAAAGAAUGCAGGCAAAGAACUGAUUAGUAUGUAUUGCAUACCUAGAUGAGGCUGAAAAAAAUACUGUGCACAAAGGAUCUAGCAGGCCACUCACUUUGUGUCUAUUUGGUUUUUCAAAUUUGUUUGCCCAGUUACUCUAGCAUUCAGGCCCUACCUUCACAACAAGAUUAGGCUAUGUCUACACUACAGCUUAUGUCGGCAUUACUUACGGUGCUCAGGGGUGUGAAUAAACCACACCCCAAGCAACAUAAGUUACACUGACAUAUAGCCCUGAUAUGGACAGCACUAUAUUGGUGGGAGAGCUUCUCUCCCGUCGGCAUAGAGCAUCUUCACCAGAUGCACUGCAGCAUGUGUAGACAAGCCCUCAGAGAAUCUUCAAAGCCUUCUAGUGUACAAGUUUUCUUUUCAUAAACAACCAGAUUGGAGUGGGGUAUAUUGUUGUUUCUUAGGUAAGCACCAACAAUGUGCUUUGUGCUGUAUAAGACACACAUGUAAGGGCAAUCCCUGCCCUGCAGAGCUUGCAAUCUGAAUAAUAUAGAUCAGACAAGGAUCACUGAGAACCAAAGAGAGUGUGGGAUUUAAAGGAUCUUGUUUUGCUUGAAGUUUCCUCAUCUGAUGCUCUUCACUGAUUAACUUGAGGUAAAUAAAGCAUUUGACAUGGGUUAGUAUUUGGGGGGAGUGUCAGAGAAGUGAGACUUUAGGAAAUGGAAUGUGGCUGGCAUAUUGGAAGUUCCACACAAAUACAGCAUCACUUAAGCAGACACAAACAUAUGAGCCAGGGAAGGAAGUGUAGGGGACAUCAAAACUGGCUUCAUUGGUGAAUGGACAGGAUAGAGAGAGGGCACAAUUUAAAAAGUUCAAUGAUGUAGUAUCGCCUAGGACUGAUUUGUGCAGGGUUUCGAAGGUAGGGACAAGAAGUUCAAACUUGAUAUUCUGGGCAAAGAGGAAGAAGAUAGGAUAGGCAACAUAGGCAGCAGAAUGACUAGCAAUACUUUGAUCACUGGACUAGCUUUCUCUGAAGCUUGCUGAGUAGCUCAUUGUCUCAGCCGUUUGCAUAUCGAGCCCAUUAUACUCUUUGGUUAUUUUAAUCAACAAAGCACCACUAUUUUCAUCAUAGAAACACAAAUGAGAAGCUCCAUGGUAAGGUUUAUGCUCUGGUCACAGCAAAGAUGUUCAUUCUUGAAUGUGUUUCUUCAACAAAAAGAUGUAAAUGUUGAAAUGCUUACUCAGCUGCCUCCCCUAAAGAUAAAUUAAAGAGGGUUGCAUGUUUUGAUGAGAACAUUAUUGUACCUGCACAAGAAUUCCAAGUCUCUGUAUUCCCACUCACUGGGAGUUUUAGGUUUGGAAUUCUAAGCAUUAAAGCUAGUGAGUUUUGAUUUUAAAUUCCUCAUGUAGUGUAUUGAUGAGAGAUGAAGCCAUUGGGGACUAGAUUCACAGGUGGCAAAAGAAGUGAAUAGAAUUAGGCCCUCUUAUGCCAGCAUUGAAUCUGGUCCAAAUAAUUCAGAUCUAAUCUGUGCUAUUUUGGCCUGGAUUGACAAAUGUCUUAAAAUCUAUUACGGCACUUGCAUCCACACACUGACAAGGGAACAUUUUUUUCAAGGCAGGAGGCAAAGCUUUCCCAUACAGUGCAGCACCAGGUCUUCAAUAAAAGGAUGUCAACUGUAUAUUUUCUAAAUGAAAUUUUUGCUAUUUGGGACAUUUGCUCUUAAAGCAAAGUCAAAUUAGGGCAUGUUUUAAGGAUUAUUCUACAAAAUUGGUAGGACAAAAUGCUAUUGACUGCAGAAGAAUGAAUUUGAUCAGUAACGCAGAUGGUGAUAAAUGCCAAAAAUAAAUUCAAACGGUAUCCAGCUAAUCUGAAAGCUUUCGGAAGAUAUUCCUAGAACACACACACAAUGACACCAUGGUACCUCUAACAUGGGAGCUGGUGGAGGAGGCAACAUAAAUUAAAUGUUUGAAAUGCUGCUUUGCACAUUCAAAACAAAAUGACCAUUUUUUAAAUAUGUUUUGUAUUUUACUCUGUUUUAACUUCAUUAGAUUAAUCUCCUAGCGAAGAGGCUGGGGGAAGUGCAGGACACUCAUAAACUGUUACAUAAAACCAAUCAACAAAGAUUAUGACUAUGAUAGGCUUAGCUGAUAAUAAUCUCUGUCCCUGCAAUAUUUUGAGCCACUAAAGAUUCUGUACUUGGGGGCAAGAGAUGCAGUGCCCAUAAUGAACAAGUUUGUUUUCCUUUGGACUAAAGAUAAAUACACAGCAAAGAAUGAAUUAAAAAAAAAUUCAAAGUAUAGCAUACUGCCACACUUGUAUGUUAUUAGUAAUCACACCAAAUCUGACACAUGUAUCUUCUCCCUACUGCCUCAGCUGUAACUUUUUCUAUACCUGCAAUUAUUAAUAAAAUUAUAAAAAACAUGUAUUUACCACACAAACUCCAUAGCGUACGUGAACAGCUGUGGUUAACAUAGUGAAUAUGGUAAGUGCCAUUUCCUCAUUCUUGCCCAGGAGCCCUGUUACCACUGCGUAGACCACGAGAGCUCAUGGAAACAGGAGCCAGUGGAAAGCUUCAGAUCUGGUGUCACUUGCCUGGCAAAUUAUCAGUCUGCACUGUUAGAAUAAUGUAAUCAGUCAGGUAAGAUGUAUUGGAGCAAUUUAUUUAAAGGAAGCGUAUUAAUUUGUCUGCUAGAGUAUUUUCAGUUGAAAAAGCGUGUGGCUUAGGAAACAUGGGUAGUUCCAAGAUGGGGAUUUAUCAUAAAUGAUUGUCUUUGCUCCUUUAUUGGCUGUGAUUUUUACAGCACUUUAUUACAUGUAAUUUAAAACAUACAGUACAUAUCUUUUAUGGAGACAGUGUUUUGACAUGUUACUCUUUGAAUUUAAAAAUAACUUUGCAUAAAGGGCAGCUUGUUUGACACUUGUUUUCACACACUCAAAAAUGUAAUACUAAAUCAAACUUUAAACAUUGGAGCAAUGGGUUGAGGUAGAAGGAUCAUGGUCAAAGUGAUGGACUGAACAUAUAAAGUGCUGUAUAAAUCACAAGUAUUAGUGUUUUAGUGAGAUCCUGAAUACUGUAAUACUAUUGUAAUAUAUUGGUCUCCUAUGUAUUUUCACUACAUGAAUUUUCAUAUCCUUAACCAAAGUUUCUUUCAGCUUGAAAUGACUAAAUACCAAACCAUAGACAAAAUUUUCAAAAGCACCUAAGUCCCAUUUUCAAAGGUGACUUAGGUUUCUAUGGGUCAGCUUUUAAAGGUAUUUAGGCACCUAAAGAUCCAGACAGACUCCUAGUAGGAUUUUCAAAAGCACCUAAUUCAAUUGGUUCAAAUGGGAUUUAAUGGAAUUUUUAAAGCCACUGGUUGCAUAACUCCCAUUAAAUCAAUGGAGUUAGGAGUGUAAGUGCUUUUUGAAAAUCCCAUGAGGCACCUCUGUACAUCUUUAGGUGCCUAUAUACUUUUAAGAAUUUGGCUCCAGGCCUGGUCUAGGCUUGAAAAUUAGAUUUAACUUAGCUACAUCACUUAGGGCUGUGAAAAAAUUUGUGCCCUGGGGAAUGUAGUUAGGUCAACCUAACCCCACUGGUAGGCACAGCUAAAUCAACUGAAGAAUUCUUCAGUCAACCUACCUACCACUUCUUAGAGAGGUGGAUUACCAACAAGGAUGGGAAAAAACCCUCCAUCAGUCUGGGAAGCAUCUACACCAUGGCACGACAGCAGCACAGAUGCAGUGCCAUAAUUAUGCUGUAGUGUAGACAUGGCUUAAGUAUCAUUGAAAGUCAAUGGAGCUUAAGAGCCAAAAACAUUUUAUGAAAAUGAAAUAAGCUCCUAAAUCACUUGUGCACUUUUGAAAAUUUUACCCCUUGUCAACUUAAGCUUGGCUCAAAAUUGAAAUGUAGUAAAAAUUUGCAUUUUAUAAAUCCUAAAAUCAAUAGAAAAACUUCCACACACAAAAAAUCAAAUGAAAAGUUCAUUCCCCUGUAGUGUUUGAAAUCCAGACACUACAGUAUUACGACUCUGAAAGUAAAGGUGACACUGACUUCACUGUUUCAUCGUGGAAGCUUAAAAAAUGGAAAAAAUAAAGUAUGUAAAUUUAUUUCACAUUCAGUAAUUUAAGGUGUAAUUAUUAAUAGUGCAGGUAAACACACUGGCUUACAAUGUAUUAUUGAAGUUGACAGUGUCCCUUUUAAAAUACAAUCCAUUUUAGAAUUCACUUAGGGAGCUGUGUUGUACUUUGCAGUAUAUCAACAAGAGUAAGUUACCGUAAUCUUCUUAUUACAUACAUAGUGUCUUUUUUGCUGAGCAACUGCAUAUAUCCAGAAGGUGGAAUAUGUAUUGUUAAUUAUGUUAAAUAUGAUUUUCCAUUAAAACUGAUUUGUUAAA